AUGGACCUGCUGGAGAGCCAGAUGGCCACGGACGAGGUGGCCCGCAACCAGCUGUUUGAGAGGGUGCUGAAGGUCCACAACCGGGAUGGCCUCAUCAGCUGCUCCAUCCGCGUGAGUCAGUCGGGGAAGAUCUGGUUGUCACUAGCUUUGAUACCCACAAAGUCAUAAACCCUGCCCAUUUCUAAAAUGUAUCUUCUUAAAAUUUGAUUUCAAACCUAACCUUAACCCUAACCUUAACCAUACUGCUAACCUUCUUAAAUUAAGACCAAAAAGCAAAACAAUUUUAUGCCAAUAUUGAUUUUGUGGCUGUGGAAUCUGACUUUGUGGCAAUAGAAGCUAGUGGAAACCGGAAGAUCAGGACUAGGCAGCCAUUUUGGAUCAUGGUGAGGGGGAGUUAGGAGAUCUCGGUCAUGUUCAGUACAAAACGUUAAGAAAAUGCUUUGAAACGGGGAGGUACUACAGUACCUGUACUUUUUGUUUUCCGUUGCAAAACGGGUUGCUGCGUUGUGGCUUAAUAAGGCCCUGCAAUUUUGAACAAUUUUUUUUUUUUGCAUUUGCAGUGUUUGGCAAUAGUCAUUAUAAUGUGCCAUCCCGUCUAUUUAAAAAGUUACGGUUAGUGUAUCUUUGCAAGAGGAAAAUGAUCCAUCUAUCUAUCCAUCUAAACAUCCAAUACUUCCUCUUUGCUGAUGAGACUUUAAUUUGUAUUUACAUUUACAUUUUAGUCAUUUAGUAGACGCUCUUAUCCAGAGCGACUUACAGUUAGUGAGUGCAUACAUUUUCCAUACUGGCCUCCCGUGGGAAUCGAACCCACAACCCUGGCGUUGCAAGCGCCAUGCUCUACCAACUGAGCUACAGGAGUAUGAGUGCGUAUACUCUUUAUUGUCCCAAUCGGGAAAUGUGUAGAAAAGAACAACCUUAAAAUCUAAUGAACACCUAGGGGUAGGGUUAAAGUCCGAAUUAUGGAUUAACAUGAGUAUUCGGGAUCCCGGGACUGUCCCGGGAACAUUCUUGAAAUUUCCAGAAAAAAUAAAAUGACAACACUUGGGAAAUUACAAACAAUUUCCACAAUGUCGAACUAAUACAAUUCCACAAAAUAAACAACAUGCGCAGCAUCAGAUAAGCAAACAAUUCAAUAGCUAAUUAUCCAAACAGAGAAUGUGUGAUCAACAAACGGUAUGAGAGUAGAUAUGGAUAUUUUUAAAACAGAGUUAGUCCCCAUUAAGAUACCUUGAUAUUUAAACUAUUUCCACAAAUUCCACUCUUCAUCUCCCCGUUAUUCAUGAGCUGAUCUGCUAUCUGUAUAAUGAUCAACUUAAUGUUGCCAAAUAUAGGAAAUACAGUGGCUUGCGAAAGUAUUCACCCAUCUUGGCAUUUUUCCUAUUUUGUUGCCUUACAACCUGGAAUUAAAAUUGAUUUUUGGGGGGCUUGUAUCAUUUGAUUUACACAACAUGCCUACCACUUUGAAGAUGCAAAAUAGUUUUUCUUGUGAACAAACAAGAAAUAAGACCAAAAAAAACAGAACUUGAGCGUGCAUAACUAUUCACCCCCCCAAAGUCAAUACUUUGUAGAGACACCUUUUGCAGCAAUUACAGCUGCAAGUCUCUUGGGGUAUGUCUCUAUAAGCUUGGCACAUCUAGCCACUGGGAUUUUUGCCCAUUCUUCAAGGCAAAACUGCUCCAGCUCCUUCAAGUUGGAUGGGUUCCGCUGGUGUACAGCAGUCUUUAAGUCAUACCACAUAUUCUCAAUUGGAUUGAGGUCUAGGCUUUGACUAGGCCAUUCCAAGACAUUUAAAUGUUUCCCCUUAAACCACUCGAGAGUUGCUUUAGCAGUAUGCUUAGGGUCAUUGUCCUGCUGGAAGGUGAACCUCCGUCCCAGUCUCAAAUCUCUGGAAGACUGAAACAGGUUUCCCUCAAGAAUGUCCCUGUAUUUAGCGCCAUCCAUCAUUCCUUCAAUUCUGACCAGUUUCCCAGUCCCUGCCAAUGAAAAACAUGGUGUUCUCGGGGUGAUGAGAGGUGUUGGGUUUGCGCCAGACAUAGUGUUUUCCUUGAUGGCUGAAAAGCUCAAUUUUAGUCUCAUCUGUCCAGAGUACCUUCUUCCAUAUGUUUGGGGAGUCUCCCACAUGGCUUUUGGUGAACACCAAACGUGUUUGCUUAUUUUUUUCUUUAAGCAAUGGCUUUUUUCUGGCCACUCUUCCGUAAAGCCCAGCUCUGUGGAGUGUACGGCUUAAAGUGGUCCAAUGGACAGAUACUCCAAUCUCCGCUGUGGAGCUUUGCAGCUCCAUCAGGGUUAUCUUUGGUCUCUUUGUUGCCUCUCUGAUUAAUGCCCUCCUUGCCUUGUCCGUGAGUUUUGGUGGGCGGCCCUCUCUUGGCAGGUUUGUUGUGGUGCCAUAUUCUUUCCAUUUUUUAAUAAUGGAUUUAAAUGGUGCUCCGUGGGAUGUUCAAAGUAUUUUUUUAUAACCCAAGCCUGAUCUGUACUUCUCCACAACUUUGUCCCUGACCUGUUUGGAGAGCUCCUUGGUCUUCAUGGUGCCGCUAGCUUGGUGGUGACCCUUGCUUAGUGGUGUUGCAGACUCUGGGGCCUUUCAGAACAGGUGUAUAUAUACUGAGAUCAUGUGACAGAUCAUGUGACACUUAGGUUGCACACAGGUGGACUUUAUUUAACUAAUUAUGUGACUUCUGAAGGUAACUGGUUGCACCAGAUCUUAUUUAGGGGCUUCAUAGCAAAGGGGGUGAAUACAUAUGCACGCACCACUGAAACAAGUUAUUUUUUUCAUUCCACAUCACCAAUUUGAACUGUUUUGUGUAUGUCCAUUACAUGAAAUCCAAAUAAAAAUCCAUUUAAAUUACAGGUUGUAAUGCAACAAAAUAGGAAAAACGCCAAGGCGGAUGAAUACUUUUGCAAGGCACUGUAUUAUGUAAUUAGUUGGAGGUGAUCUAGGAAGCUUAGCAACUUUUGUCAGUUGACUUUUGUUUGAAUGCCAUUACAAAGUUUGUAUGAUUCGACAACGCUAUACUCAUGGUGCGCUCUGUGAGUCCAGAGCGUGCUCUGUGUUGAUAUAGCUUACUGCUGAAAUGCGCUGAAUUGAUUGAAGAACAUGAUAACGCUCAGAAUUUAUGAACAGCCUGUUUCACAAUUCACAACAAUGUCAUUGGCCAUCAAAGAUAGUUACUGUAUCAUUACUCCCGAGUGUGGGCUCUCGAGUGGCGCAGCGGUCUAAGGCACUGCAUCUCAGUGCUUGAAGCGUCACUACAGAUCCCCUGGUUCGAUUCCAGGCUGUAUCACAACCGGCCGUGAUUGGGAGUCCCAUAGGGCGGCGCACAAUUGGCCCAGCAUCGUCCGGGUUUGGCCGGUGUAGGCCGUCAUUGUAAAUAAGAAUUUGUUCUUAACUGACUUGCCUAGUUAAAUAAAGGUAAAAUAAAUAAAUAAAUAAAAGUUACUACAUAUCAGUUUCAUUUGCUCUGAAAUCUUUACAUACAGUGAGGGAAAAAAGUAUUUGAUCCCCUGCUGAUUUUGUACGUUUGCCCAAUGACAAAGACAUGAUCAGUCUAUAAUUUUAAUGGUAGGUUUGAAAAAACAUCACUGCUCUAGAGGAGAUCUGCAUGGAGCAAUGGGCCAAAAUACCAGCAACAGUGUGUGAAAUCCUUGUGAAGACUUACAGAAAGCGUUUGACCUGUGUCAUUGCCAACAAAGGGUAUAUAACAAAGUAUUGAGAAACUUUUGUUAUUGACCAAAUACUUAUUUUCCACCAUAAUUUGCAAAUAAAUUCAUUAAAAAUCCUACAAUGUGAUUUUCUGGAUUUUUUUUUCUCAAUUUGUCUGUCAUAGUUGACGUGUACCUAUGAUGAAAAUUACAGGCCUCUCUCAUCUUUUUAAGUGGGAGUACUUGCACAAUUGGUGGCUGACUAAAUACUUUUUUCCCCCACUGUAUGUAUGUUCUGGCAACCUACAAUGGGAAGGUUGCCAGACCAUACAUAUCUACAGUUGAUGGCCCAUCAGCAGGCAAUUAAGUAUGCUUAAAGUGACACUCCAGUCUCAUUUCUACCUUCUUUAACACCUGACCUCAUUUAACACCUUUACUUAAUAAAAGGCACAUCUCAAAAGGUAUUCCAGGUAAGUCAUGACAUGGCACAAGUGUGGGGGUGGGCCUUUCCUCUUUUGUUCUCUAUUAUUCCUCUAUUGUUCCUAAAGCAAGGGAGGAGGCCGAUGACAUCACGGAUUCCCAUCAGACCAACUCCUUGAAUGCCCUACUCCUUGAAGUUUGCAGUUGUGAAUAAAAAACACUAUUUUGAUCCCAAAAAUAUUUUUUACCCUUUAGUGUACUUCACUGUAUUUAUACUUGGGAUAUCGCUUUCAACAGUAAAUGUAGUAAAAAUCGCUAGAGGACGUCUUUAAGUUGAGAACUGGUGAAAAAGUCUGUGAGAGGGUUUUGUGCCUGCAUGAACAGUCAUGUAUAUUUUUUUACAUAAUAGUGUAGGGUAACAGGAAGAAUAAACCAAAGUCAAAAUAUGCCUUGCUUAUAGAGAUAUGAAACAAUAUCAAUAUCAUAUCAAAUUAUCAAUAUUGGUGCCCAAUAAAAUAAUUUACUACCUAGAUUUGUAAAAUACUAAUUUGACAUGCAUUUCAAUGGAAGAACUAUGCCGUUCCAAACAAAUGUGUUUCAGUUGCUUUUCUUAGUGCAGCUUACGAGUCCCCAGGGUCGUAUUCAUUAGGCACCAAAUGGAAGAAAAUGUACUUAAAUGGGGAGGGACUACCAGACCAGACCUCGUCCAAUAAGAAACGUUAGUUUUUUUUGUUUUCCGUUGCAAAAUGUUUUGCUACGGUGUGCACUUAUGAAUACGACCCUGCUUUCCCUAAUUUCCUUCCUGUCUUCUCUCUCUCCUCUCUUUUUCCUUCUCCCUCCUUAGUAGUUGUUCCCUCGCUGUCGUUGCGUCACACUGUUUGUGAAACAGGCUCAUUACUCAGGGCCUUUUGCUCAAUUAUACUUUGAUGAUCUUUGAGCUGCGUUCUGUGUAUGAAAAAUGUAUGCACUCACUAACUGUAAGUCGCUCUGGAUAAGAGCGUCUGCUAAAUGACUAAAAAUUUAAUGAUCAAAUAGCACAGGGACAGCACCGGCCGACUACGGUGCAAGUUCAAUUCAAACAAACCAACCCUCAGUUCAACUUCACCGGGCUUUAUUCAUUAGGCAUAAAACAGUCCCCCUCAGGAGACUGACAAUAUUUGGCAUGGGUCCUCAGAUCCUCAAAAGGUUCUACAGCCACACCAUCGAGAGCAUCCUGACUGGUUGCAUCAACGCCUGGUAUGGCAACUGCUCUGCCUCCGACCGCAAGGCACUACAGAGGGUAGUGCGUACGGCCCAGUACAUCACAGGGGCCAAGCUUCCUGCCAUCCAGGACCUCCUAUACCAGGCGGUGUCAGAGGAAGGCCCUUAAAAUUACCAAGGACUCCAGCCACCCUAGUCAUAGACUGUUCUCUCUGCUACCGCACGGCAAGCAGUACAGGAGCGCCAAGUCUAGGUCCAAAAUACUUCUUAACAGCUUCUACCCCCAAGCCAUAAGACUCCUGAACAGCUAAUCAUGGCUACCCAGACUAUUUGCAUUGCCCCCCCCCCCCCCACCCCAACCCCCUCUUUUACGCUGCUGCUACUCUGUUUAUUAUUUAUGCAUAGUCACUUUAACUCUACCCACAUGUACAUAUUACCUCGACUAACCGGUGCCCCCGCACAUUAACUCUGUACCGGUACCCCCUGUAUAUAACCUCCCUACUGUUAUUUUAUUUUACUGCUGCUCUUUAAUUAUUUGCUUCUUUUUUUUUUUUCUUAAACUGCAUUGUUGGUUAUGGGCUUGUAAGUAAGCAUUUCACUGUAAUGUCUACACCUGUUGUAUUCGGCGCAUGUGGCAAAUAUGAUUUGAUUUGAACAGAAAAACUGUCUGAAACAGCUGGACUUGUCCAAUAAUGCACAUUUUCAUUUUCUGUCGGAAGACAUUUGAAAAUGUUUUUCUGUCGCACGCCCUAAUAAACACAACCCUUGUCACAACCCAAGCACUUUGAGCUGCGUUCUGUGUAUGAAAUGUGAUAAACAAAUACAUAAAUAAUGAUUCAUUAAUGAAUUGACUAUUAAUGGUCUCAUAGGCGACCACGGUGGAGGACAUGGAGGCGCGGCUAGACUGCGGCCUGGUCAAAGGCCACGCCUACGCGGUGACGGACGUGAAGAAGGUGCGUCUGGGCCAGGGCCUGCUGGCCUUCUUCAAGUCAGAGAAGCUCAACAUGAUCCGCAUGAGGAACCCCUGGGGAGAGAAGGAGUGGAGCGGGCCCUGGAGCGACAGGUAAAUACACAAGACUGCCCCCUCAGGCCUGAAGGUAGUACUACACAACCAUAGAAUUAGCAUGAGUAGAAUGGGUAUCCCAAUUCAUUCCAAUUUUCAUUCUAAUUCUAUGUACACAACAUUCGUUCAUUUUGGUACAGCGCAUCACCUCAUCUGAUUAUCAGCUGUUGUCAAACACACCUGGGUCUGGAAAGACGAUUCUCUUCAAUGGUGUGCAGCGAAUUCUACUAGACGAAAAGCCCACAUUUUUAUGACAUCCUGACAUUUAAAGCAUGCUCAAUAUUUGAAAUUUCACAUACUAUAAAACAUUAUAUUUUCGCAUUCCCAAAAUGCCUACUAUUUAGAACACUAGUACGGGUAUUCGGACACGGACAGAGAAUAGGCAAUCUGCAAGACAUUUCAAGUGUAAUGCACUAUCCCCCUCUACAGAGUCAGACAGUCUGGCUGUGCAGUCAGUGUGCGUAAUGGAAGCUUCUCUUUGGAGAGCCUUUACUGCCUCAAAAAGACUAGACCAUGAAGGAGUAUUGAGGUGGAAAGAGAGGUGUUCUCCCUCUACUGAAAUGGGGAAUGCUUUGUGUGUGUGUGUGUCAGUGUGUGCAUGCAUGCGUGUUUGCAUGCAUGUGGAUGACGUAUUUGAGUGUGUGUUUCCGUCCAUGCGCGUGCAGGCAUGCAUGUGUCUGACUGACUGUGUGUGUGUACUUCUUGCUUCUUGUGUCACACACACACAUGCACACUCAAACAUGUAAGCCUCACGCACACACACACUGACACACACCCUAACCCUCCCUGGAGGAGAAUGGAGGAGAUUGAAAUGAGCGUGAUGUAAUAGGAUGGGAAGAAGAUGAGCAUCUCUUUCUCCUUCUGUUAUAUCCUAUUGUUUGUCGCUAGGUUGUGUGACACAGCAGAGAUUGUAGGGCUCGCUCAUGAAGGCAGCUGAAUUAUUGACUAGGUAAAGGAGAGAGAUGUUAGUUCUUAAAGGGGAAGUGACUGAGUGGUGUUAUUAAAGGUAUCGUCUCCCUUCAUUCAUACAGUCAUGAGAAUUAAUGAAUAAUUUAUCUGGGGUUUGAUCAAAACUGGAGUUGAAGAUUCCAUUUCACUGUUUGAUGUGGAAGUUUGUCACAGAAGUUGUGGCACUGGCAGGGAUUUGAAACAAAAUAUAUGUUUAUUUUUACAUGCACACACACACACACACACACGUGGUGCUGAAUUUAGGAAUUGAGAUUAUGUUGCUGUCUGUCUCAGUGGUGCUCAAUCUCCAAUCAAAUGUUUUUCCCAGUGUUAUGUUUGCUCUGUAAUUUCCUUUGUGUUGUGCUGUCUAACAUGAGGUCAUUUCCUGUCUGUGCCCCCAGCUCAGAUGAGUGGAAGAAGGUGAGCAAGAGUGAGAGAGAGAAGCUGGGCGUCACUGUGCAGGACGACGGAGAGUUUUGGUGAGGGGGAACACUGCGCACACACACACACACACACACACACACACACACACACCAUUGGAACAUUAGGGGCCAUUUUCCCACACACAGAUUAAGCCUAGUCCUGGACUAAAAAGCAUGCUCAGGACUAUGCUUAAUCUGUAUCCUGGAAAUUGGCCCUAGAUCCUAAAUAUAUCCCCCCCCCCGCCCCCCCUCCAUCCAUCCAUCCCUGCCUCCCUCUCUCUCCACCCCAGGAUGACGUUUGAUGACUUCUGCCAGUACUUCACAGACCUGAUCCUGUGCCGCCUCAUCAACACCUCCUACCUGAGCAUCCACAAGACCUGGGAGGAGGAGGUGAUGAGGGGCUCCUGGGUCCCCCGCCAGGACCCCCUGAGGAACCGCUCUGGGGGCUGCAUCAACCACAAGGCCACCUUCCUCCAGAACCCACAGGUGGGGUGCAUGGGGGUGGAUGGAAGUGGGGAGAGUGUUGGUGGAUGGUGAGAGGUUGGGUGGGACGGUGUGUGUGUGUGUGUGUACUGUGUAGGUUUGUAUGUGUUUUUCUGUUGAUGUCUCUGCAUGCACUGUAUUUGAUUGGAAGAGUGUUCGGAUCAGUGUGUUGAUGUGUGUGUUUGUCUCUCUCUGCAGUAUGUGUUUGAUGUGAAGAAGGUAGAGGACGAGGUGUUGAUCGCCCUGCAGCAGAAGGAGAGGAGAGCCACCACCAAGGAGGGCAAAGGAGAUAACCUGGCCAUAGGCUUUGACAUUCACCGGGUACACACGCACACAUACACACACACAAACAAUGAAGACAUACACACACCCAGAUGGACACAAACAGAUGGAUACACAGGAAGAUGAACACUCCGUCGCUCCACAUGAAUGUUUCCUUUUAUGUUUUGCCUCUCAUCCUAACCUCUUAACUCUUUACUUCCUGGUAUUGCCGUAUAGCAACCAUUUCUCUUCACUUCCUUUCUACUCAUAACGUAAAAUAAAAUAGAUAAGACAUAAGGAUCCUGGUUCAAUCCCCGCAUGAGCCCUAUUUCCACUUCCUACAUCUGUCUCCCUGCUUCUGCCUCUAUCCUUCAAAUAAUUAUAAAAAGCAGGAAGUUGUCCGUCUCUGCAUGAAGAUGUCAUAUCUACCUUUAAAGUCUACCUUUAAAAUGUUUUCCUGACGUCAUGUCCCCUCCCAUCCUCUAGGUGGAGCUGAACAGAAAGUACCGCAUGCACACUGCCCAGCAGAAGGUGGCGGGCUCCAUCUACAUCAACUCGCGCUGCGUCUUCCUCAGGAAGGAGCUCAAGGAGGGUCGCUAUGUCAUCAUCCCCACGACUUUUGACCCCAGGCAGCAGGGCGACUUCCUGUUGCGGGUCUUCACCGACGUGCCUUCAGACUGCAAGUAAACCAGCCGGCCGACAUGCAGCCCCACCCCCACUCCCCUGACCUCCUGACCAUUACAAAUGGAUAGCCAACGUUAAAGGGAUAGUUCAAUGGGAUUGUUGCAUUAAAUAGAACAGUAUUUUUUCUUCUUCUCUAUGAUAGCUUAAUUUAAAUCAGUUCAAACUGAUAAAAAAGAAAACAUAAUUUUAUAGAAACCUAUCAAAUGUAACUGGUGUGCAUGUUAAAGGGAUAGUUCAUUUUUUAAACUUUUUUACGUAUUUUAAGACUUCAAAAAAGUUAACUAUCCUUUUAAGAUGCACUCCAGUUGAAUUUUAUGGUUUCUGUAAAAUAAUGUUAGCUUUUUUAUCAAUUUAAACUGAUUCUCUAAGUGGACCCAGAACUUUUUUCAAGUAAUUUGUCAUCCACUGCCAUUGCCCUCAUCUAAAUUAAUAACACCCAUAUUCACUUUCUUUCCUUCCCCCACAGAGAGUUGAACCUAGACGAGCCCCCCCAGACGUGUUGGACGGGCAUGUGUGGUUACCCCCAGCUGGUCACCCAGGUCCACAUUCUGAGUGCAGAGGGACUCCAGGGCCAGGACUCUAAUGGGGGUAAGCUAGUAAGGCUACAGUAGGAAAUAGUAGGCCUACAGUCAAGUAAGAGACAGUAUGCACCCAUGUGGAAGGGAGGCUUUGGGAGCUGACAUGCAUAUACCCUUUUCACACUACUGGGCCGAGCUAUAUUAGGGGUAACAAAAUGUUUUUGUGAGUGUGUAUGGGUUUAUGUGUGUGUGCCACAGAUUGCAUUGCAAGAUAAACGUUUCUGGUCAUACACAGAGCUGCACUGUCUCAUUCCCAACAAGAAGAGGCACCUGGCCAAAACAGGAGGUACUUCAGCACCACCUAGUGGCUAGCGGCUUAGAUACAACUAGACAUACUACACAGUUAGUCCAAUAGGCUUUGGCUCAGCCCAGAAACAACCCCUAACCCCUAGCUUCAUGUAGAUCUGAGAGGAUUGGAUAGGUAUAAGCAAUAGGGUAGUAGUUCUUCCUAGCGCUCUGAUAGGUCUAGGAAUACUUUUUGUCAUAUGGCUGAAACCUAUCCCCUCCCUUUCAGAUCUACGCAAGUACCUAUAGUCUUCAAUAGUUCCCCCUCCCUGUAUCCUCUACCUACCUACUAGCACAAGCAACUAAAACCCUUCUCCACCUACCUGUCAGAGACUGGUCUGAUUGCUGGUUGGUCUGAUGGCCAGAGAAGGGUGGCACAUAGCCUAGCGGUUAGAACGUUGGGCCAGUAAUCGAAUGGUCACUGGUUUGAAUACCCGAGCUGACAAGGUGAAACAUCUGUUGAUGUGCCCUUCAGCAAGGCACUUAACCCUAAUUCUCUCCAGGGGUGGCAUACUACUAUGGCUGACCUUGUAAAACAACACAUUUCACUGCACCUAUCCGGUGUAAGGGACAAUACAACAUAUUAUUAUUAUUAUUUAUUUAUUUAUUUAUUAGACUAGGCCUAGAGUUGGUUUUGGCCUGCAUAGUUGAGUACAUGUCAACCCAGUGAUUGACAGCUGUCCCGCUUCCCUCCCUCCCUGUCCUUCCUAGCCUCUGACCCGUACGUCAUCAUCACCUGUGAGGGGGAGCGGGUGCGCUCACCGGUGCACAAGGACACACGGAGCCCCAACUUCGACGUCAAAGGCCUGUUCUACCGCAAGAAGCCAAAGGAAGGCAUCCACAUUGAGGUGAGCACAGACGGAGGGAAGGAACUUUUACUUAUCUGUCUUUGUGUUCAUAUGUAUCCCUCUAUCUCUUGAAUAUGUUUUCUUCUGUUUUGUUAAUCACUGUUUUCCUAUGUUCUCUCUCUCUUUUUCUUUCUUCUCUUUCAAAUCCCCCCUCUCUUUCCCCUCUGCUCUGCUCUGCUCUGACCUUGGGCCAUACCAUAAUAGAUCUACAAUAAGAACGUGAUUGUGGAUACCUUCCUGGGUCAGGUGACCCUGUCCAGUGACCCUAAUGACCGGCAGGAGCAGCACACACUCCACCUGCGUGACAAAGGCAAUCGCCAAGACAACGACCUCCCAGGCACAGUCACCGUGCGCCUCAUCACCUGCACCACCCUCAUCAACAUAUGA